AACAGGCCUUGGCCCAUAUUGCGCCAUGGCCCAGGGUUUGGGGACCACUGCUUUACAUAAAGUGAAUCAGAUGAGUGAUCUGACUUCAAAUGCUUAAAUGCAUCAGCAAAUUUUUUACCAAAAUGUUUCAUGAAUUACAGCUCAGUUAUGAUAGGUCACUGUUACAUUAUGGAAAAUAUGAUCUACUAUUCUGUGUCAUCUAUUAUGUCCCUUUAGGUAUUCAGGAUAAAAAAAGAGCAAAGGCUGCAGAUCUUAAAGAACUACUAAAGCACAUCAUUAUUGCCUGUGUAGCCGUUUCUGGUUUGAUCUUAGCAGUGAUAGUCCUUGUGCACAUAUAUAAUUCAUUGUUUGUGAAGAAACAGAAACCAAUUAUAGCAAAUGCUAACACUGAUAAGAAGGAAGAAUCUGACAAGAAGAAUGAAUUUGUCCAAAAUAAGGAAUCAAACAAACAUGAAGAAUGGGAAAAAACUGAGGAAUCAGAAACAAAUGAUAUGAUACCACUGGAACCAAAAACACCAGCCUACAAUGCUAUUGACAUAGAAAAUCACAACAACAAUAACUGUUCACCACCAGCAAUUUUUCUUUCAACACAUGGUGAGGAUGUUACAAAGCCUUUAGAGAUUCAGUCUGUUUCUUCCCCUAGCUGCCCAGCAAAACAAACAGAAUUAAUUCCCUUUGUUGAAUCAUUAGAGGAAUCGCCUAAUUAUAGUACACAUAAGAAUUUCAAACUACAAUCUAAACCUUUCAAAUUGAAUAGCACUUCCUAUAAUAGUCUAGAACAAUAUAAUACAUCCAGGAAUCAGGACUAUGAAACAUAUGAAGAGAAAGAUAGUACUUCUCACAGAAAAAAAACAGACCAUCAUGUAUCCUCCAGGAGUAGACCAAAAUCCACACGACCCAAAAGAGCACACACUGCUCACUUAUCUAAGCAUCAAUAUUACGACAGUUUAAAUUGGGUUUAUGAUCCUUCAUCAGAUAAUUUCAUUGCUCUAAAUACAAACAAAAAAAUUAAUGAAUCAAAAAUGUUCCAGUUUGAUGGCACAGAGUGUACAUGUUUUCAGCAUCACAAAUAUGGUUCUGGUACAGAUUCGUACUCUGACUAGAAAAACAAGUGAAUAGCAAGGAGUUAUUUAUUCUAUUUAACCAAUGUCCAGAAGCAUUUAGUCUAAAUGUUUUUACCAACAGUAAUCAUGAUGAAACCCUAUAGUAUGCUGAUCAAUCAUACUGAAAUCAUGCUUAGGAUUAAUAAAAUUAGAUUUGACACUUUUGAGUUGUAGGAAUUGCUAAUCCAGCUUCUUGGA